AUCAGGAAGUAGAGACAGAUGUAGCAGAGUUGCAGAAAAGACAGAGAACUCCCAAGCCUUUGUCUGCCAGGUAUUUAGCUGCAGAAAGAGGUGAGUGCAGCCAGACAACAUAUGGACCCAGCAAAUGUAAGAUUACAGCUAAGGCCGUUCCAUCACAGGUUCAGGAAAAGCGAGUCGUUUUCAGAGAAGAGUUAGAGCUACAAAGUGCAGAAGCUGAUGAGAUGGAUCUAGAUGAACCAGAUGAGGAGCCAGAGAAAUCCAUUUUAGAGUGUAAUGAAGUGAGCUCAUCUAAAGCAACCUCCCCUAGGGAUGAACCUGUGCCCAGAACACCGUUAGGGACCCUUGCACAACCAGAGGUUAUAGCUUCAACCCCAGACAACAUCACUUCUAAAAUCAUCACCAGGCAAGGCAGCAAAACACUGCAGAAAACUAGCAAAGUUAUGCCCUUGGUUACAGGAGCUACAGGUGAGGUCAGAUAUAAACCCUUCAGAUUAGGUGAU